AGCCUCUCGAACAGGUCGUGUAUUUUACAGCAAAGUCAUCCGUGUUUAGUCUUUAACAACAUACCAUAAAAAGAACGUGACAGAGGCUAAACGGAUGUAAACAAAAAAACAGUUAAUUCAAAAAACAGUUAAUCUCGCACACCGCAACUUCUGAAUGCAAAAAGUGUCCUGGUCAUCCUCACUGACAGCACCGUCCCACCGCAAGACUUUCCUAGUCAACCUCACCGACCUGCCAGGCAUCAAACGGUGAAUGUUUCUGACUGAACAAGCAAUUCCAAUGUUAAAAAGCUUAUGUGUGAUGUUCUAGUUAAAUCAGAUUUGUAGGCUGAGGGGAUGUCGAGGUGUAAGGAGUGUAGUAUAUCUCAAUCUGGUAGAUAUGAGCUACUAAAACAUAUUAGACUGCAGCACUGGCAGAGGCAGCGCUAUCCAUGCCCACACAUAAACUGCCCAUGUACUUUUAAGACAUGGAAUGCUUUGCACAUUCAUUUAAGUAGAGAUAUCUUUCAAAUUUCAGAUAUAAUUGUUUUGAUUUUGACUCUUAGACGCUGAAAUGGCAUGCUGGGCGAGCCGAUUUCAUUCAGAUCACACUCCUAAUCGAUCAAACACAUGUUUUUUCUAGCUUUUGAAGAAAGCUUGUUUUUGUUAUCUUUAAAAAUAAAGAUGUCGAUAGGUGAAAAAUAGCAUGAAAGAGAGAACAUUUUACAGUUAUUUCCUCCAAAUUAAAAUACCAUUAAUGCAUUAAUUCGGGAGUUUAACAGGAACAUGUAUUAUUUGUUAUUUGCUUUUUUCAAACUAGUGCACGAGACAGUGUAAGCGGUCACUAUAGAAUCAACGUGUAGAGUAAAUAGCAGGACGUUUACAAUCCAAUCGGUCGCGUUUUGAAAUAUAAUGCUGUGGCACGAUUGUUUCUGUAUUACACGUAACUAACAUGAAUAACACUAUUGGUGGCCAUUAUCAGUCUACCAUGCCUUUCAAUAUCCCAUGAGCCCUUGCGGGUUUUGAACCUUUCGACGAACUAAGAUACUUACAAACGAAUGAGACGAUCUUUGAAAGAGCGAACUACCGCUCGUAUUACACACGUGUAUUGUUGAUUAAAGUUACACUGUGGGACCAGUUUACACAUUUUGCGACACCAUGAUGUUGAGUCGCUGCUGUGCGUCUUCGUACUAAAGCUCCGCGGGCCCAUUUCUUCAUCCGGGCAUUCAGAAGGCUUGCUAUCUGGGCUACACACAGGGGACCUGGUUUCUCUCACAACCCGCCCAGGGGAAAGUCCCCGGACUCCCGGCAGAAAGUGCCCUGGCUGAAGCCAGUGUCGGCCCGCGGCUCACCGUUGUGAAGCUGAGAAGUCCGUUGGACGGAGCUUGGUGAUCGCAGGUCGACUUUGUCAGCGUUACUAGUAAUGCAAGUGUGCGCGCGCGCAGCAACAGAACGGGGCUCAUUCUCGGAAUGCACUUUUGCAAACAUUAUACAAUCUAUAUAUCUACUAGUUUAUAGUCUAUGAUCUGCAUCGCAGACUCAUGACGUGCAAAUACACAACUUUACAUACGUGCAAAUACAGUAUCUUUACAUACUCCGGUACAGUAGGGGGCGGCAUUCACUGUAGGUAGUGGAUUACGUCUUCUUCUACUUUGAAUUCUGCAGGCUAGAAGUAGCAAAGACUGCCCUCUACGGGUUGUUAAAUGAUUCUAUGAACACUAGUGCAGAAGUGCGCAGAGUAAAAACUGUUUGUCCAAUUGUUCCCAGGUCUUUCUUCAAUUUGAGGUGAGUAAUUCUCUCAUUGGAUGGAGAAGGAUGCACUUGCCGUCUAGAUGUUUCGCAAUCAGAGCCAAUCAUCCAACAAUGAUUAUGACCAUUGCAUAUUCUCUAAUGCCUGCUAAAUUGCAUUUCCACAGUUUCCUCUCCCAUAUUUCUUUUUGGGACUCUUUUGGGGUUUAUGAUUUAGGUGUAUUCUGGUGGUCUGUAUUGUGUGGAAAUUUCUAUUUUAUCAUUUGAUUAAUCUAUUUCAGUUGGCUUAAACAGGUCUGGGUGUGAAAUGUAUUUCUCUUAUUUAGAACACCGAGUCACUGCAUAUAUUGAAAUACUUGUUUUAUUGACUCCACCGGUUUACAUGAGAGGACACGAUGUGCAGUCGCUGGUUAUUUCACAAAAGGCUACAAAGCAAAUUUAUUUAUUAGAACUUGAGCUGCGCAUCCUUUUAAGUACACCAUCUUCCACUUGUGCGUCACCUUAUACUUAUACUGCAUUGGUUGACCCUUAAGUCAUAAAAACACAUCUCAAAUUUGCAACAUGUAUAGGUCUCCAUCUAGUGGUUAACAAUGGGAGGUGCAACCAUUUAAAUUCAAGCCAGGAGCCUGAUUUAAAUUCAGGGGAAAUCAACCUGAUAUUAUAAUGUAAUGUGGCAAUUAAAACUUAAAACUCUCGAAAAAUACUGACGAUUCAUCUUUUCCUUUUGAAGCGCUGUGAACGUUUUGUCAAUUUUGGGAAUACAAUUAGCUGCAAUCUUAAAUAUUUGAACAAUUCUAACAUCUCAGAUGCUGUCGGCCUUCCAAAUUUGUUAACAUUCUCUAUAGACUGUUAUAUUCUAAAUCCACCAAAUAGUUUUUCAAACUGUCUGUAAACCGCUAUAAUAUAUAUAUGUUUACUGACUUUACUUUAUGUGACUCAUAGUGUGUCUCUAUCUAAAGUAUUGUGCAGUAUGAGUACACUGAAUAUGAUGCUGUACCUCAUCAUCAAUAUUUUGCAUUAUGUGCACUGAGCAGUGGGUCUCCAUUUGCUCUUCGGUGUCACCUUUCUGCACGACAGGAGAACAAAGACACUUGUUUUCCCACAUUAACAUCACUAGCGGGAGCACUGCAUGCAGAGCAUCCUUCCUAAUACACUCUGACAUGAGAGCACACACUGCAGGUGUACAUGGACAUACUGUAUACUACUGGAUUAGGCUGCACAGAUUACCGCAUCACAUGGUGGCCCCUCCAAAUGGUGCUUGCCAGUAGCCUACUUCCCCCUCUAAGCUAUCCCAUCAUUCAUUUGGAGUGGGCGUCGGCUCAACAGCAUCAUCACAAAGGUUCAGCUCCUCCCUGCCGUAUCCUGAAGAGCCGAGGGGAGGGAGAGACAGGGAAAGGAUCAGGGUCAGAUGAAUGCUCGUCUGAGUGACGAAAGCAGUGUGUGCAAAUGAAGAGGAGAGUUUGUGUGCAUGUGUGUGAGGAAGGACGAAUCAGGAAGGGCUAGAGACCGGGUUGGGGGGGCUGGGGGUUGGGUUGGGGGGGGGGAUUGUGUGUGUGUGUGUGUAAGGGAGACAGAGGAAAUCCAGGCACGAGGUGGAAGGGGACAUAAAGGGUGGAAGGAAAAGGGGGGCAGGAGGAAAAAGACAAGGGGACCCAGAUUAAGAAGGAAGAUGGCUGAGCCGGAGCUGAAAUCACGGAGCAGCCGGGAGAGCGUUGCCAAGGCAGCAAGCCAGGAGAAGAUUGGAGGAGACCCAAACCAAGAUGGUCUGAUUGUAGAGCAGCCAGCGUCUCCAUCUACCCUCAUGGUCCCUGCUCCCACUGCCACAAGCCCGGCCGACCUGCCUGCCAAAGGGGAGAAGAUUGUGCUCAAACGCAGCAUCACCCUCUUCAAUGGAGUGGGAAUGAUCAUCGGCACCAUCAUUGGCUCUGGCAUUUUCGUCACUCCAACAGGCGUGGUCAAAGAGACUGGUUCAGCUGGGCUUUCCCUGAUCGUCUGGUCUGCCUGUGGAGUGAUCUCGACCAUGGGCGCCCUGUGCUACGCUGAGCUUGGCACAACCAUCACCAAGUCGGGGGGCGACUACACUUACAUCCUGGAGGUGUACGGCGAGCUGGCGGCUUUUCUGAAGCUGUGGGUGGAGAUGCUCAUCAUCCGGCCGUCGUCACAGUACGUGGUGUCGCUGGUGUUCGCCACCUACCUUCUGAAACCCCUGUACCCAAACUGCCCCGUGCCCGACAGCGCAGCCAAAUUUAUUGCCUGCAUGUGUCUAACCUCCCUGACGUUUGUAAACUGCAUCAGUGUGAGAGCGGCCACCAAGGUGCAGGACUUGUUCACAGCCUCCAAACUAGUAGCCCUGCUCAUCAUCAUCCUCUUUGGCUUCAUCCAGAUUUCCACAGGUGAUGUGCCGUACCUGAAACCAGACAAAGCAUUUGAAGGCAGCAAACUGGGAGUGGACAAUAUUGUCUUGGCUCUGUACAGUGGACUCUUUGCUUUCGGAGGCUGGAAUUAUCUGAAUUACGUGACCGAGGAGAUGAUCAAUCCCGAGAGGAACCUGCCCUUGGCCAUCAUCAUAUCCAUGCCUAUAGUAACGGUGGUGUACGUGUUGACCAACCUGGCCUACUUCACCACCAUCUCUCCUGAAGUCAUGGUUGAGUCUGAGGCUGUUGCCGUGAGUUUUGGAGAGUACCAUCUUGGUGUGAUGUCCUGGUUGAUUCCUGUCUUUGUUGGACUGUCCUGCUUUGGAGCCGUCAAUGGGUCCCUGUUCACGUCAGCAAGGUUGUUUUAUGCUGGAGCUCGAGAGGGUCAACUCCCUGCUGCUCUGGGUUUGGUCCACACAGACCUCUUCACACCAGUGCCGUCUCUCAUCUUCACAUGUUUGCUGUCCAUGAUGUACGCCAUCUCGCAGGACAUCUUCUCUGUCAUCAAUCUUUUCAGCUUCUUCACCUGGCUGUGUGUUGGCAUGGCCAUUGCCGGCAUGAUCUGGCUGCGCUUUACCAAGCCCGACCUCAGAAGGCCCAUUAAGGUGUAUCUGGUCAUCCCUGUGACAUUUGUUUUGGGCUGUGUCUUCAUGAUCAUCGUGUCCUUCUGGGCAGCUCCGUUUGAGUGCCUGGUAGGCUGCAGCAUUAUUCUCACAGGCAUCCCAGCGUACCUACUGGGCUACAAGUGGAAGAAACCGCAUGCGGUCCAGAAGAUGCUGGAUAUCUUCACCGUGUUCUGUCAAAAGAUCUUCAUGUCUGUUCCUGAGGAGAGGGGGCAACGCGAGGCGGCUGAAUAACGCUGGGAACACUCAACAACAUGAUGGACUGUCUCAACAUUUUUGUCUGAACAUAUGUCUACAUUCAUUCACUUGUGAUUUGGCUAAAGCAAUUUCUUUUAAAAACUUUAACGAACCAGGCAUGUAACUGGGUAACAAAUUGAUAUUGGGCGGCUUGUCAAUCUUGGUACAGGAGGGUUUAAGUGUGAUCUUGUGUAGCCUAAAAAGUAUGAAGGCAUUUCUUGUGAACACUACAGAUGUUCUACAUUUGACAAGUACCUCUCCUUUAAUCCAAGAACAUGCUUACAUGUUGCAUGUUAGUGAGUUAAAGGAGAGCCCUGAUCUUAAAAGGUGAAUCAUUAUGUGCUGCCAACACAGUGUUAGAAGCUGCAUUCAGAUACUCUAGUGGCCUAACACACAAGUGUUUUGUUCAGCUAAACUGUCCCGAUAAGUAGCUUAGAGAGACACAAUAUUUGAUAACUACAAACCAUAAAUAGCUUAAUAUAGUUUACCGUUUUCUAGAAUAUGAACGCUGAACUGAGAACUUACUGCAUCAGUUAAUGAUGUAUGGACUAAUUUGAAGUAAACAACACAGCAAACAGUGUAUAAAUAAGGCCAUGUUUGGAGGAGACAAUGGUUAACUAGCUGAACACUGAUUACAUUGUAUUCAUAUGCUAUUAAUAUUUGUGUGAAUAACAACUGAUUUUAAUAUUUGUACAUUUGUUGCAUUCAUUUGAAAAAUGAAUCCACAGCCCUAUCUGAAAGCACAAGCUAAAGUGAGAUGAAGGAGAGUGUAAUAUUUCCUGAAGAUGUGUUGCUGUGAAGCAGGUCUGUUUAUUGUAUCAUUUUAUUCUCACAUCAAACCAUGUCAGAGUCAUGCUGUGCUCCAUAUGUGAUGAUAUCUGAUGAAAUGACAGUGGAUCUCUGCAGCUGUUUGUGAGGUAUUAUGAUAAGAAACUGAAGACCUGCGUAGAUAUCCUUAUGAUGUCCUUAUUUAGAAAACUCCAUUGUGGUGUUAGUGUUUUUGUGUUGUUUGUAUAUAUGAUCUGUGCCAGCAAUUGUAGUAUUCUGUUUGUUUAUUUUUUUUUAUUGUCACUAUAAGACCAGUAUGAAUGUUGCAAAUGUAGUGACAUCAGCUUUGCUUUUAUAUUUUACCUAUAAAAUCUUUUCUUUUAAACUGAA